AUGGCGUACAAUGGCCGUGAUCAGGAGUAUGGAGGACAUGCUUUGCAGGACCUUCCUGCUGGCGGAAGCCAGUAUCAUCUCCCCCCUCAAGAGAACGACGAGGAGCAGGGCCGCGGUCUCUUGAACUCGGGUUACGACCAAGAUCGACUUGGCGCCCGCACUCCCCCCGACCGCCCCGUCUCUGCUUACAGUCUCACUGAGUCCUAUGCCCCUGGAGCCUCGUCAACCAUGCCUGGCCAGGGACCUACUGGAUAUGGUGAUGGAGGCAGCUUUGGUCAGUUUGGUAACCUUGACGCUGCUGCCCCUUUCCCUCGCCCCGACUCUGCCUUCGACCCCGAAGACAGCUGGGUUGAGCGACAGCAGCAGCCUCAGAUGGGCGGUGGUCUUGGCCGCUCGAAAACCCGAAAGAUCAAGCUGGUUCAGGGUUCAGUUCUGAGCAUUGAUUACCCUGUUCCCAGUGCGAUCAAGAAUGCUGUCCAGCCCCAGUAUCGCGACGCAGAGAGUGGUACCGAAGAGUUCCAUAAGAUGCGAUAUACCGCUGCCACCUGUGAUCCCAACGACUUCACUCUCAAGAACGGUUACGAUUUGCGACCUCGCAUGUACAACCGACACACUGAGUUGCUGAUCGCCAUUACAUACUAUAACGAAGACAAGGUUCUUCUCGCACGAACACUGCAUCACACCAUGCAGAACAUCCGCGACAUCGUCAACCUGAAGAAGUCGACCUUCUGGAACAAGGGCGGUCCAGCUUGGCAGAAGAUCGUUGUAUGCUUGGUUUUCGAUGGUAUCGACAAGGCUGACAAGAACACCUUGGAUGUCCUUGCCACUGUCGGCGUGUACCAGGACGGUGUUAUCAAGAAGGAUGUCGACGGCAAGGAGACUGUUGCUCACAUCUUCGAAUACACCAGCCAGCUUUCCGUCACGCCCAACCAGCAGCUUAUUCGACCCACAAACGAAGGCACGCAGAACUUGCCACCAGUUCAGAUGAUCUUCUGUUUGAAGCAAAAGAACACCAAGAAGAUUAACUCGCAUCGGUGGUUGUUCAACGCCUUUGGCCGUAUCUUGAAUCCUGAGGUGUGUAUCCUGCUCGAUGCAGGUACCAAGCCUAGUCCCCGAUCUCUCCUUGCUCUUUGGGAGGGUUUCUACAACGAUAAGGACCUGGGAGGUGCUUGUGGUGAGAUUCAUGCUAUGUUAGGUAAGGGGGGCAAAAAGCUGUUCAACCCCCUCGUUGCCGUCCAGAACUUUGAGUACAAGAUCUCAAACAUUCUGGACAAGCCUCUUGAGUCUUCGUUUGGUUAUGUCUCUGUCUUGCCUGGUGCUUUCUCAGCCUACCGAUUCCGAGCCAUCAUGGGCCGCCCGCUAGAACAGUAUUUCCAUGGUGAUCAUACCUUGUCUAAGAUGCUUGGUAAGAAGGGUAUCGAUGGUAUGAACAUUUUCAAGAAGAACAUGUUCUUGGCCGAGGAUCGUAUUCUUUGUUUUGAGCUGGUCGCCAAGGCUGGCCAGAAGUGGCACUUGUCCUAUAUCAAGGCUGCCAAGGGUGAAACCGAUGUGCCCGAAGGUGCAGCUGAAUUCAUUAGUCAACGUCGACGAUGGCUCAACGGUUCAUUCGCUGCCACACUAUACUCACUGAUGCAUUUCGGACGAAUGUACAAGUCGGGUCAUAACAUCAUCCGCAUGUUCUUCCUCCACAUUCAACUCAUCUACACCACUCUCAACACUCUCUUCGCAUGGUUCUCUCUUGGUUCUUAUUGGCUUACAACAUCCGUUAUCAUGGAUCUCGUGGGUACCCCCAAGCCUGCGUCCGGUUACCACGCCUGGCCAUUCGGCGACACGGGUACACCUGUCGUCAAUGCCCUGCUUCAGUACCUCUACUUAGCCUUCGUCAUGCUCCAGUUCAUUCUGGCUCUUGGUAACAGGCCCAAGGGCUCCAAGUUCACAUACAUCGCUUCCUUCAUGGUCUUCAGUCUCAUUCAGGGUUACAUCUUGGUCCUCUCAGCCUACCUGGUUGUUCGUGCUUUUGACACGCCCAUUGGAGACCAGAUCUCUUUCGCCUCGACCGACGCUUUCCUCGACAGUUUCUUUGGCGGUUCAAGCGCUGGAGGUGUUAUUUUGGUCGCCCUUAUCACCAUCUAUGGUCUCAAUUUUGUUGCCUCGUUCAUGUACCUCGAUCCCUGGCACAUGUUCCACUCUUUCCCCUACUAUCUACUUCUCAUGUCGACCUACAUCAACAUUCUCAUGGUUUAUGCCUUCAACAACUGGCACGAUGUCUCCUGGGGUACCAAGGGCUCAGACAAGGCUGAGGCACUUCCCUCUGCCCACGUCACCAAGGGCGAGAAGAACGAGGUUGUUGUCGAGGAAGUUGAGAAGGAGCAGGAGGAUAUCGACAGUCAAUUCGAGCAGACUGUCCGCCGAGCUCUUGCUCCCUUCAAGGAGGAGGAAGAGGUUGAGAAGGCCGACGUUGAGGAUGGCUACAAGUCUUUCCGAACAGGACUCGUCGUCAGCUGGUUGUUCGGAAACAUUCUCCUUAUUGUCUGCAUUACCAGCGACAAGUUUGAUAACCUCGGAUGGGGUGAACCUGCCACAGAUCGCAAGGCGCAUUACUUCCAGUUCCUUCUGUACGCUACUGCCGUGCUCUCGCUCGUUCGUUUUGCCGGUUUCUUGUGGUUCCUGGGCAGGACUGGUAUCAUGUGCUGUUUUUCGAGACGAUAA